ACGCUAUUGGAGGUCACAAAGUAGGUUGUGUUGUGAUAAUGAUUUGUGACAAAUUGUCGGAUCGUGCGCGGGCGCACCGGCAGUCAUAAUUCGAGUGCCGUGCAGUACUUACAUAGUGUUUAUUUACUCAUUUAUUUUUCUUUUCAACCAAUGUGAUUAUUAGGCUGUGUUUUUUUGUUCAGUGCUUCGUUUUCUAAAGAAAACCAAAAUGGCGAAGGAAAAGGAUUCGGUAGAGGUAGACAACUUUAAGUCAACGGCGGACCUGACAAGUAACCCUGGGUUCCAGUCGUCACUCAGCAUAGCAUCAAAAACCGUAGCUGAUGAAAAGCCAUACAAUCCUUUUGAGCAUCGAACAGUUGAACAUCCUAACUCGACAAUUGGAUCUAUAGUUCAUCUCCUGAAGUCAUGUCUUGGAUCUGGCAUCCUCGCUAUGCCUGCCGCCUUCAAGAAUGCUGGUCUCGUAGCUGGAACUAUAGGAACACUAUUAGCUGGGUUUAUUUGUACUCAUACAGUGCAUAUUCUGGUCAAAACAUCUCAGGAUGUGUGUGUAGACGCAAAGAAGCCAUCACUUAGCUUUGCAGAAACAUGUGGUGCAGCAUUUACUUAUGGACCAAAGAAACUACAACCUUGGGGCGAAUUCGUGAAGACAUUGGUAGACUAUUCGCUUGUUUUAACAUAUACCAGUGUAUUGUGCGUAUACGUUGUCUUCAUCGGAUCUUCUAUAAAAGAAGUUGUGGACGUCUACUGGCCAGAUUCACCCCUGUCUAUCCAAGCCGCCUGUGCACUUACCCUGGUACCACUGGUCCUGAUCUGCCAGAUCCGGAACCUCAAGUACCUGGUGCCAUUCUCAGCGAUAGCAAAUAUCCUGAUCUUCGUGGUCUUCGUGAUAACGCUCUACUAUUUGUUCCUGGAUCUACCUCCCGUUAAGGAUAGAGAAAUGGUCGCCAGUAUAACCCAAUGGCCUUUGUUUUUGAGUACCGUGAUCUUCGCAAUGGAAGGCAUCGGUGUCGUGAUGCCCGUUGAGAACGAGAUGGCGAAGCCGCAGCAGUUCCUCGGAUGUCCCGGAGUUCUGAACACGGCGAUGGUGAUCGUCAUAUCUCUGUACGGAAUCGUCGGCUUCUUUGGAUACGUUCAGUAUGGGGAUAAUGUCAAAGGAUCCGUCACCCUAAAUCUCCCUGAGGGGGAUAUCAUCGCACAAGUAGCGAAGCUCCUCAUGGCGUUCGUGAUAUUCCUGUCGUUCGCUCUGCAGUUCUACGUGCCCAUGGAAAUGAUCACCAGGAGAAGGAAGGGAAAGGAGUCCAAAUACGAGAACUUCCUACAAGUUGGAGUCAGAACAGCGAUUGUGACUAUUGCUGUCGCCAUCGCCGCAGCGUUCCCAAACUUGGAACUGGUCAUCAGCUUUGUUGGAGCCGUUUUCUUCUCAACCCUCGGUCUUCUACUCCCGGCUGUGGUUGACACCGUCUACCGCUGGGACAACGGCCUUGGACCCUUGAACUACGUCCUCUGGAAGAACAUCAUCAUUGGAAUCAUCUCUUUGAUAGCCCUGUUCUCUGGUGCAAGCAGUUCCAUCAAGGGUAUGAUCGAGGAUUUUGGAGGCCACGGCAGCGUUGGAAGCCAUGUUAAUGAAACUUUAACGUAAAAUUGAACUUUUUAAACCCCGAAUGUUCACCAACCAGUUUUUGUUAAGGUAGCUGAAGUACGGAGGUUGGUUCUGAAACGAGUAUUAUGUUAUUGGAAGAGAACUUAGUUUAUAAGCCUAAAAAUACUUAAAGUAUAUAAUAGAUAAGAAAGUAUUUUUUUUCUGUGAAUACCUAGUACAAAUUAUUUUAAAUACAUUUUAGGUAACAUUUUUGUAUCACGUUACCUAGUAUGGUAACAAUUGUUUAUCGACCGACAUUCGAUUGUACUUUUAUUUAUAAUUAAAGUACAAAAUUGUGUACAAAUCAUCCUACAUUAGAAAUGUACCUAGUUAUAAGUUGUAUUAAGUUUUUACCAUUUAAAGUGUAAAAGUCCUUUGAAUUGAAAAUACCCUCAUAUUCAAAAUGCAAGGAGAAAAAUGAUUAUUUUCAUCUGCUAAUAAAGUCCGAAAAAGGGAAUUAUGAAAGUUGAAAAACGAACAUGACUUUAAAAUCGCUUGCAAAACUGUAAUUUUUUAUUUUUUCCAAUAUCAAUUUCGCGACCGAUACCGCUAUAGUAAAUAUUUUGCAAUUUUCGUAAUACCUUUUUUGCUUAACUGUGCCAACUUAACGUUGAUAAAUAUUUAUAUCCACAGGUACGAUUAUCCACGUGCCUAAAUAAUGUCACUAAUAAAUACAAAAAUAUGGUAUUAAAAUUUAAAUCCGAUUAAGCGUUAGGUGCGCUGUUCAAAUUAAAUGCUAAUUUGUUUUUAAUAAUAUUCGAUUACAAGCAAUCAUUUGUUUUAUGUAUGCCAGUUUAUUUGUUUUGCCAGUGAUAUUAAAACAAAAAAGGUUGUGUAUAUUAAAAAAAUACAAAUGUCAAUGAUCAAUUGAAGAGUUUAAAAUAAAUAAAAAUAUCCCUGCUGUAAAGUAGCAAGUAAAACAUAAAGUACUUAAUCGGUGAAAUAUUUAUUUUAAACAGUGAGAAAUAUUAUUUAUUUAUACCCCAAGGUAAAACCUAAGUCCUAUGUAAUUAAUUUGGUAGCCUGUCACAAUUAUUAAACACAGUAGAUUAUGUUAAUGCUAUUUUAUUUAGUAAAAGUAAUUUACAACUAAAUUAAGUUUGUAAAUAGUUAGACAACACCUAUCUAUAUAGAUUUUGUUUUAUUUUAACCAUUUUAGGAAAGUUUUGAAGAAUGAAUUUUGCUUUGUGUUUUAGUCAUGAAAUUCGUUACUAAUUAUGCAAUUGAAAAUAUGUUCAUUGGUAUUGAUGUGUGUACUAAAUUGUUAUUCCACAAAUACAACAAAAUGCAAUAACGUUUGAUAUUAGAGUCUUAAAUAAUGCCAUAUCUUUCUCCUGUCUUCGAUAAUUAGCCCCAGUGAUUCAACUAAGCUUUGUUUUUUUUCCACCGUUUUUGUAAACGAAUGUUUUAAUAGAACACCACAUUAUUCAAAUGUGAUUUACCUUAUAAAAUGCAACAGCAAAGAAUGAUAUUUAAUUAAAAACUUUUGAGUAACAGCGAAACUCAGUUGGAGAGUUACCUCAAGGUAAUAAAAGUCAUUUUCGCAUAAGGAAAAUUUUAUUUUUAAUUGUAAAUUUAACAAUAAUAUUGUAUGUAUUUUUAAAUACUAUGUAUAAGAAGGCACUGUAAUUUAAAUGCUGUACUUACUUAAAACACAAAAUCAUUUGAAAACCAUAAUACAUAGCGUAUUAAAUCAAAGUUUCAACAUGGAUUGUUUAAAUAAACCUGAUCAUUCUUUAAAUUAAUUGUAGUUUUAAUAAAACAGCUUUUGUAAAA